AUGGAUCCGACAUUGCGGUGUCGGAUUCAUGGGCUUCGAGGUCGUGAACCGCAACAGCGGAACACCCCAAAGACAAUGCGAUUCCAGUCGGUCUGUGGUCUCUCCCUCCUUUUGUUCCUCCACGUCCUAAUCCUCCUUCCCGUUCAGACAGCCGGUUUGUUCGGCAGUAGUUCAGCGGAAUCCAUUCUGGGCACUUCAGAUGUACUCAAAGCUGUUCGACUGGGUGAGCAGGCCUAUGUGGAAUCGGUCGCCGGUCGCUGUGGUACACGGUCCGAGGAUUCGACCAGUUCGGAUGAAAAUCCAGUUGGUUAUUCGGUCUCCCGAGGAAUGAGUCUGAUCAUUGAUGGGGAUCGAUUGAUCACCAAGGAAGCCAUCUCCGAACUGUCAAUUCUGUUCACGGCCCGUGUCGAACACGGAUUCCAGGGCGAACUGUUCACCGUGUACAAUCGUCAUGGUCAGGUCGAAUUAGGGGUCCAAUUCGGUCAGAAACUGCACGUGUUUUACGCGGGGGCCGGUUCGGGUGCAAAAACGCAUCCUCGUACACAGACCAAAGAUAAGCAUAGCCUGGCCGAAGUGAUCCAGUUCAACACGAGUAUUGAUGAUAAUAUGUGA